AGCACUUCUCUGUGGUCCAUUUUCAGGGCCGAAUGCAACAUUUGUCCUCAUUGACAGCAAGAUGAACUGGACUGAGGCCCAGAGCUACUGCAGAGAACACCACACAGACCUGGCCAGUGUGAGAAACGAGACGGAGAACCAGCAGAUUGUUGAGCUGUUACCUGCAGGGAUAUAUUGGAUCGGCCUUUACAGAGACUCCUGGAAGUGGUCCGAUGGGAGCAACUCCUCCUUCAAGUACUGGGCAGAAAAUAACCCUAACUACAGAGCUUUUAAGGUUUGUGUGGCUGCAGCUUUCAACAACUCUGGAAAAUGGGAGGACUUGGACUGUGGAGUGAAGAAACCAUUCAUUUGCUACGGAUCUGUGCCUGUUUCAAUGCAAGUGAUAAAGGUGAGGGUGGAGAAACCAAACUGUGUGGAUCUGAAAGACCCCGCUUUUCUGGAUGCGAUGUUGGUGGAGGUAAAUCAU